AAUGGUGAGAAUCAGUGUACUCAACGAUGCGCUCAAGAGCAUGUACAAUGCGGAGAAACGUGGCAAGAGGCAGGUCAUGAUCAGGCCUUCUUCCAAAGUCAUCAUCAAGUUUCUUAUCGUUAUGCAGAAACACGGUUACAUUGGUGAGUUUGAGUAUGUGGAUGACCACCGAUCUGGCAAAAUCGUUGUGGAGUUGAACGGAAGGUUGAACAAGUGUGGUGUUAUCAGCCCUCGUUUUGAUGUUGGUGUUAAGGAGAUUGAAAGUUGGACUGCUCGUUUGCUUCCUUCCCGACAGUUUGGUUACAUUGUGCUGACUACUUCCGCUGGUAUUAUGGACCAUGAAGAAGCCAGGAGAAAGAAUGUCGGAGGGAAAGUUCUCGGCUUCUUCUAUUGAUAUGUUUUGUGCUUUAAGAGACGUUCCCUCUCUUUGUUUUUUUUUUCUUUUGAAUUUUGUCGCAACUUUUGCUGGAUAGUUGGUUAUAUUUUACUCAUUGUUGGUCUUGAUCUUUGAAGAUUUAUUUGGACUACAACAUCAAGCAUUUUCGUUAUCAUUUUCUAGACUUAAGUUUAGUCAAGUCUUAGUACAUUCUUUACAUAUAAACAUGGCAAGAACUUAAAAGAUGCAGAACGUUUGCAAUUUAUCUGCAGGCAUGUCUGUGAAU